GGCGCAAGGGGAAAAUCUUUAUUAUUUUUUUCUUAUUCUCUUCUGGGGCUGAAGUGAAGGGCAGGCUACUGCGCCAGCGCGGGGAGAGCCGAGCGCGACACCAGCCCGCUGCGCGCGGAGGAGCUGGGCCCCGGAGACCCGAAGGGGCUCCCGGCAUGUGGGACCCCCAGGACUUUGAGCGCCACUGGCAGGCCGAGUUCCCUGGGGCGGAGGCGCCCGUCAUGCGGCUGGACUCGGUGCUGGACAUGGAGCGCGAGCUGGAGCGCAGCAAACUCAACCUGAAGUGGCUGCAACAGGUGCUGGCUGAGGAAAAGUUCAAAGUCGUCUACCUGCAGGCGGCCCUGGAGAAGCGGGACCUCGGCUGCGGGCGCCUGGAGGGCGGAGGCGGGGACAGCAGGGGGGCCUCGGCUGAGGAGCCGGCCGGGUCGGAGAGGGAGCCGGCGCCGCGUGAGGAGAAGGGCUCAGCGGGCGGCGGCGGAGACCCCCCGGGCCCGUCGCUCCCCACCACUGAGGUGGCCGCGAAGGCCGAGAGUCCCCCCUAUCUGUGCCGGGACCUUCCCACCUGGCCCAGGGCGGCGGGGGCUGGGGGCGCGGUUCGCAGCUUGACCGCCGCCAUCCACCAGCAGCUACUGCAGCCUCGCCUCCUCUUCAGGCCGCGGGAGGACUGCGCGCCCCCCGGCCACGAUGGCACAGUUCCCAGCGCCCCGGGAGAGGAGCGGUCCGCCCGGACCCGCGCGGGGCGGGGCUCGGAGGAGGACGAGCUGGACGCCUCGGGCGCGGACGAUGGGGGCGACAGCAGUGACCACGACUUCGAGAUGGUGGAUUUGAGCGAGAAAUUCACCCUCAGCCAGUUGCUCGUGACCCCUUGCCGGCCCGGGACCUGCGAUGAGGCGGAAAAGCCAGCGCGGGCGUACAGUUCCCAUCGCUGGAUGCACCUGAUUGUCGGGAGCCGGCGGCAGCCGCGCGGGAGCCGCGACUUGGAGCAGCUAGAGGCAGAGGCCAAGGACGGGCGGGGCUCGCCCCCGGCGGCAGAGGAGCCCCCCCAGCGUCGGGCUCGCGAGCCCCUCCCCCCGUGGCGGCGCAAGAGGUUCCUGGGGCUGCCCGAGCGGGACUCGCCCAGCCACAGCUCGCCCGAGAGGGGCAGUGACUGCAGCCACAACAGCUCCGACCACGAGGAUGGCUCCUUUGCAGACUUCAGCUACGGGGCAGACGACUACGACGGAGAGGGGAAUGAAGAGCAGAAGAGGCCCCCGGAGGGCUCGGAGACCAUGCCGUACAUCGAUGAGUCGCCCACCAUGUCGCCCCAGCUCAGUGCCCGGAACCAGGGCGGCGGGGACAGCAUCUCCCCCACCCCACCGGAGGGGCUGGCACCUGGGGUGGAAGCAGGGAAAGGCCUGGAGAUGAGGAAGCUGGUUCUCUCGGGGUUCCUGGCCAGUGAAGAGAUCUAUAUUAACCAGCUGGAAGCUCUGUUGCUGCCCAUGAAACCCCUGAAGGCCACUGCCACCACCUCCCAGCCCGUGCUCACCAUCCAACAGAUCGAGACCAUCUUCUACAAGAUCCAGGACAUUUACGAGAUCCACAAGGAGUUCUAUGACAACCUCUGCCCCAAGGUGCAGCAGUGGGACAGCCAGGUCACCAUGGGCCACCUCUUCCAGAAGCUGGCCAGCCAGCUUGGCGUGUACAAAGCGUUUGUGGAUAACUAUAAAGUCGCUCUGGAGACAGCUGAGAAGUGCAGCCAGUCCAACAACCAAUUCCAGAAGAUCUCCGAGGAACUGAAAGUGAAAGGUCCCAAGGACUCCAAGGACAGCCACACGUCAGUCACUAUGGAAGCUCUGCUCUACAAGCCCAUUGACCGAGUAACCAGGAGCACCCUUGUCCUACACGACCUACUGAAGCACACACCUGUGGACCAUCCAGACUACCCGCUGCUACAGGAUGCCCUCCGCAUCUCCCAGAACUUCCUGUCCAGCAUCAAUGAGGACAUUGACCCCCGCCGGACUGCAGUCACAACCCCCAAGGGGGAGACGCGGCAGCUGGUGAAGGACGGCUUCCUGGUGGAAGUGUCGGAGGGCUCCCGGAAGCUGCGGCAUGUCUUCCUCUUCACAGACGUCCUACUGUGCGCCAAGCUAAAGAAGACAUCGGCGGGGAAGCACCAGCAGUAUGACUGCAAAUGGUACAUCCCCCUGGCUGACCUAGUGUUUCCAUCCCCCGAGGAGUCUGAGGCCAGUCCCCAGGUGCACCCCUUCCCAGACCAUGAGCUGGAGGACAUGAAAAUGAAGAUCUCUGCCCUUAAGAGUGAAAUCCAGAAGGAGAAAGCCAACAAAGGACAGAGCCGGGCCAUCGAGCGCCUGAAAAAGAAGAUGUUUGAGAAUGAGUUCUUGCUGCUGCUCAAUUCCCCCACAAUCCCAUUUCGGAUCCACAAUCGGAAUGGAAAGAGCUACCUGUUCCUACUGUCCUCAGACUAUGAGAGGUCAGAGUGGAGAGAAGCAAUUCAGAAACUACAGAAGAAAGAUCUCCAGGCCUUUGUCCUGAGCUCAGUGGAGCUCCAGGUGCUCACGGGAUCCUGUUUCAAACUUAGGACUGUACACAACAUUCCUGUCACCAGCAAUAAAGACGACGACGAGUCUCCAGGACUCUAUGGCUUCCUCCAUGUCAUUGUCCACUCUGCCAAGGGGUUUAAACAGUCAGCCAACCUGUACUGUACCCUGGAGGUGGAUUCCUUUGGCUACUUUGUCAGCAAAGCCAAAACCAGGGUGUUCCGGGACACAACAGAGCCCAAGUGGGACGAGGAGUUCGAGAUUGAGCUGGAGGGGUCUCAGUCCCUGAGGAUCCUGUGCUACGAGAAGUGUUAUGACAAGACCAAGGUCAACAAGGACAACAACGAGAUCGUGGACAAGAUCAUGGGCAAAGGGCAGAUCCAGCUGGAUCCACAAACUGUAGAAACGAAGAACUGGCACACAGAUGUGAUUGAGAUGAAUGGGAUCAAAGUGGAAUUCUCCAUGAAAUUCACCAGCCGAGACAUGAGCCUGAAGAGGACCCCGUCCAAAAAGCAGACCGGCGUCUUCGGUGUGAAGAUCAGCGUGGUGACCAAGCGGGAGCGCUCCAAGGUGCCCUACAUCGUGCGGCAGUGUGUGGAGGAGGUGGAGAAGAGGGGCAUCGAGGAGGUUGGCAUCUACCGGAUAUCAGGGGUGGCCACAGACAUCCAGGCGCUGAAGGCCGUCUUUGAUGCCAAUAACAAGGACAUCCUGCUGAUGCUGAGUGACAUGGACAUCAAUGCCAUCGCUGGCACCCUCAAGCUGUACUUCCGAGAGCUGCCCGAGCCCCUCCUCACAGACCGACUUUACCCAGCCUUCAUGGAGGGCAUCGCCCUGUCAGACCCUGCUGCCAAGGAAAACUGCAUGAUGCACCUACUCCGCUCCCUGCCGGACCCCAACCUCAUCACCUUCCUCUUCCUGCUGGAACACUUGAAAAGGGUUGCUGAGAAGGAGCCCGUCAACAAGAUGUCCCUUCACAACCUGGCUACUGUGUUCGGCCCCACGUUACUGAGACCCUCAGAAGUGGAGAGCAAAGCACACCUCACGUCGGCUGCCGACAUCUGGUCCCACGAUGUCAUGGCACAGGUCCAGGUCCUCCUCUACUACCUGCAGCACCCCCCCAUUUCCUUCGCAGAACUGAAGCGGAACACACUGUACUUCUCCACCGAUGUGUAGCCCGAGGUGGGAGCGUCUGGGGGGGGUGGCCCGAGCCAGCCUCUCCAGCCGGGGACCCAACCUAGACUUGAAGGACUACAAUAGAGAACUCCCAAACCCAGCGCUCCAGACUCCAAGGGACACAGAUUUCCAAGAACUGGAAGACGUGCAUCUUUUGUGCCACCUUGUACAAAGCCAGCUGACCCGGCCCCAGCCUUGCUGCGCACCCUGGGCUCUGCCCUCUGUUCCUCUAGUUGUGUCUAAUGCUCCGUGCUGUUCGGGAAUUGUUUUACGUCUACUUGUCAUGCAGGAAAGGUAGUGACCGACCCGGUGUGGGCACACAGACAGCCUGCUUUGUUCUUUCAUUUCCUCCAACACUUUCUUUCCUCCAGUCCAGUCCAAGGGCUUUUAUUUUGCGCUCUGUGACUGCUGCCAGCUUCUCCUCUCUUGGCCCUGCCCCCAGAUCGCAGUCUCCUGGCAGCCUCCCCUCGGUCUUCCUCCCUCCGCCCUCUCCUCCCUCCCAGCCUGCCUGCAUGCAUGUGCAGCCUUGGUUUUUGAUCCAGCACCUCGAAAGCUCUGAGGAGGCCCUGGGUGGCGGUGGCAGUGGUGGCCGGUGCCAUGCCACCGCCUGCCGCCCCCGGCCUUUCCUUGCCCUCUGCCUGCGGAAGCGCACCUGCUUGCCUUGCCGCCCGUGCAAAUGUUGGACAAGGAGACAGACUCACACUAAUCCUCAGCUUAGCACAGGCUGGAGGGCGGAUUUCUGGGAUUCUUCCACCUGAGAAUCUCCUUUUCUGGGUUUAUCUGUUCUGUCUCCAGUACCAGUGAGGCAUCUUUGACUGUUUCUUCUGCUUUUCAGUUCCUUUUCCCUUGGUGUUCUCUUUCCUUUGAGUAUAGAGACUCACAAGUGACCUGCUAUCAAGGUAGCCAGAGGUUCAGGAAAGAAUUGGGGGAGGUGGGAGGGUCAGGCCGGCGAGCAGAAAGGACAGGUUGGGACGUUGAGAGGAGCGCCAGGGAGCGCUGGGUGUCCCGGGCUGGGGGGAAAGAGGCCCUCGGCAGCAAGCAGUUGUGGUGGCUUUUCUCGUGGAGCUGGGCUUCUGGGAGGUCAGCUGCUACGGCUGAAGCAGGUGUCCAGAAACAGGCAGGUUCUGUCCAGGAGGGCUAGUCCUUCCCGGUGCCUCCCGUACCUCAUGGCACAUUUGCCUUAGGGUUUACACUUUCUCCACAGCCAAGCACUGCCAGGGGCAGCCCCCGCGGCCACGUGUGCUCCAGGCCCUGGGAAAGGCAGGCACGGUCCAGCUAGCCAGCCGUCAUGGUGCUGCCUUCCACCCCCGGCUUCUAGACGCAGCUUUGCGGGUGAACUCGGGGAAACUCCAGGAGCCGGGGAAGAAUGAGGAGUCACAGGUACCUGCCUCUCUCGGGACUGGGUUUUGCAGGGGACCCUCGUUGUGGACGCUCUGCUCCAGAGUAGGGGAUCAGCAGGUUCCGAUCCCAACACCGAGGCCCGCUGCUCAGCACUGGAAAGGAGUGAGAAGUACCCCCAAAGUGCAAUUUCUUCCCACCUGAGCAGCGGCCACCGGCCUCUGGCAGUUAGCCUGGGAGGGCGGACACUCCCGGGUUGCAGAGAUUGGAGCUGCAGUACACAGCUCCCUGGCUCUCCUGUGUGGCAGAGACUAGAUUCUGGGCCCUCAGGAUUGGAGAGAAGAGCUCCCCUAGCUUGAGCUCAGGGCUGUUUUAAAGAAGGGUUUAGGGCCCUAAAGCCGUAGCACGUGCUCAGUGAGGGGAAGGGCCCUUUCUCAUCUUGUUUACACCUGUUGCCCAGUUGUGGGCAGAACGGUACACAUUCUCUGCACAUCGGAGGAAAGAGAUGCCUAAGAGGAGGGAAAUACUGACCCCCCAGCUGCCUGCUAGCAGCUUUGCAAGGAGCCCCGCUCCCUGAGACGGGGCAGAGAAAGAAGCCCGCUUGAGCCUACACGUCCCCAGCGCCCGAUCAUCCUGGAGGCUGCUCGGCACUCAGGAGCUGGCAUGUGGCAUGGAAGGCUCUUGCUUCCACAGCCAUGGACUGGAAUGAACUGGAGGCCCAGCUAGAGCUAUUUACAGCCCCAAAUGGGUGCCUCCCGCCUCCCCCAAACAAGGGAGGUUUGCUUCUCAGCAUCAGGUAGCUACUGCAGCCCCGCAGCCUCACUUAGGCGAUGAGAAUGGGAGGAAGGCCGGAAGGGCUGAGAAAUGCAAAAGGCUCAGAAUAUUUUAUCAAUUCCACCCCCAAGAGCGGGGAGGGGUGGGUACCAGACCUGGACUGAGCUGCACCAAGGAAAUGGCCCAUGGGUUCUCCUACGAGACAGGGACUGUGCAGCCCAGAAGCCCCAGCCACUGUGCCCAGCGGGGCAGGCUGUGCCAACAGCGGCCCAUCAGACAGGCUACGGGAAUCCUGCAUGCCCGUCCUUGCUGGCAACGGCUGUGGGCUGCCGGUGUUUGCUGAUACAGGUAGGAUGGGACACUUCAUUAAUAUUUGACUUUAAUAAGUUGGUAAGGAUAUAUUUUUCUUUGGUCUAUGUUCUGUUUCAACUUACGUAGAUUAUAAGUUGAUGUAAACCACGUGAGAGGAAAAUGUUAAUAAAAAAAAAUGCAAAGCCCCAACAUUUGCACACAACUCAGCCCUGUGGUGUGGACGUUUGUGUUCUCAGGAGUCCAGGGAAGACCACCAAUCUAAAUAUUUAACUCUUCCAGCUGCAUCCAGAUGUGCUUCCAACAAUCUGUUUACCUAGUGAACUCCCCCCCUUGAGCUUCCCUCCGGCCUGUGGGGACUGUGGCGGUUUUGGGGGGCGGUGAGCCCACGCCCCCUCCUUGCUCUUUCACCACCGCCUCCAGCUCAGUCACCAGCCGGUUCUUUUCAUGAAAUACAACUGCCCCACCGGGGGUGUGGCCGUCAGUAUGCCUCAGAGAGAUGGCAGGAAGUUGUCCAUUCAAGUGGAGGCUUAUUUUAUGUAAACUUUUCUCUACAUUUUCCUUGGAAGUAGCAGGUCUUUGGGGCAGCCUUUUGUCCUCAUCUGCUCGUUGGAGAGGCUGGAUCCCCUAGAGGGCCCAUCCUCCCUGUAAGAGAGCUAGUGGGGUUAAUGUAGGCUCCCACCAGCCUGAGCCAUUGGACACUGUGUUUAUUCUGGAGAUCAGGAACAGAUGUCUCUGAAAAUUGGUGUUUGGUUUAUGAGCUCAUACUGCCUCCUUAGCCAUCUGCAACAGGAAACUAUUCAUCUCCUCUCCUGGUUGAAUAGUCAACGUGGACAGUCCUUGGCUUAUUAAACUGAUGGCUACUGACAGCCCAGGGCUCAUCUUCAAGGCAGCCGUGAGGGCAGAGUUUCCUGUACUCAGUCAGUCAGUGUAUUUGACCCCACGCGCUAGACUGGAUGGUAGAAGGUGCUGGGCUUCUAGCACUGUAACAGGUGCCAGGGUAGGAGUAUCUACUCUUGCUCUAAGUGCUUAUAGGUGACUUAUUUACGGACAGUAGAGGAAACACUCCAUUUGUUCUCUGACCUGUGAGGAUACUCCAGCCAGCCUAGCAGCAGUGAAGCCUCGUGACUGAGACUGGGACGGGCAUUCUAUAGAAUUCCCCAAAGAAGGACAUGAGGCUGUGUACCAGCUCACUCAUCCCAAAGGCAACAGCAGACAUGGCCAGAGGAAGGUGUUACCAGCUGGGUUUGACAUUAUCUCACACACACACUCAGGAUGUCUGCACGGUUCAGCUGAGUCUGAAUUCUGGUUAAGGGUGGGUAAGCUGGAAGACAGCAGACAAGGGGGCAGAAAGCCAACAAAAAAAGGCAGAAAGGCAAAGGCAGAAUAAAGGAGACGUUACCGCUGGCCUACAGCGGCUGGAGUCGCACGGCCCCCAUCAAGCUACCUGCCUGUCCUGAGUUCAUCUUCACCCCACCACCAAAGCACCCGAGUAAAGCAGCAUCUGUGGCAGAUCCCAAUUGUAAAAGGCUAUUUCUUUGCACGUGGCACAGCAUUAGGCUGAGCUGCUACUGUCAGAAAAAAGGCCACCAGGUCAAGUCAAAAACACUAAUAUGUUUAAGGAAGAAAAAAAACCACUGACACCAGAGAAAAACGGUAGCGGUAAACAGCUCCUCAACACGGACCGAUCAUAACCAGUGGCUGCUGUGACUUAGUCACCAGGACGACCAGAGCAGGACCCUUCCCACACUGUGUCCUUGAGCCGGGCCUGGUCCGGUGGUCAGAGCAGAACGGCAGUGGGUGGUUUAGGCCGCAGGCAUUGCCACUGGCCAGCCCACAGGAGGGGUUUUUUAGAAGAGGCCAGCAGGGGUUAUGCGUGGAAUUUCAGCGCAUCCUGGGACAUGGCUAGGCUGGGCUGCUUUAGCGGAAGGCCCUGGCCAAUGUAGCGAUCUCAGCGAGGGUAACACGACUCUGCAGACCCUGGGAGCCUAACAUUCCCAAACUUCUCGGGAGUUUGCUCGUGCUUCCCCUGCGUAUGU